AAGAAAAUCAGUGGAAACUGGGUUGUGUCCUGUUGAGUUACCAAAGCUGUGCAGGAAUUCUAACCUGAGAUGGUUCUCAAUUGGUCUCUGUUCAUUAUUUAAGGAUCUUUAUCUCUGAUUUUGUGCAUUACAACGUGGGGCGGAGCUGUUCGUCCUACCAGUAAUCACUGGCAAUUCUUUAACAAGUCAGUCAUGGUGGCUCAGCAGAGGCGCUCGCUCUGGGGCGAGCUGCUCCUGCUUUUCAAUCUCCUGUGGUGGUUGUGGGGUUCCGAAGCUGGGCAGAUCCGCUAUUCUAUUCCCGAGGAACUAGACAAAGGCUCCUUCGUGGGAAACAUCGCCAAGGACCUGGGGCUCGAGCCCCGCGAGCUGGCGGAGCGCGGGGUCCGCAUCGUCUCCAGAGGUAGGUCGCAGCUUUUCUCUCUGAACCCGCGAGGCGGCAGCUUGGUCACCGCAGGCAGGAUAGACCGGGAGGAGCUAUGCGCCCAGAGCGCGCCAUGUUUCGUGAGCUUUAACAUCCUUGUGGAAGACAGGCUGAAACUUUUCGGAAUAGAGAUAGAGGUAACGGAUGUCAAUGACAAUGCACCACAAUUCCAAGCAGAAACUCUGGAUGUAAAAAUUAAUGAAAAUGUCGCAUCAGGAAUGCGUUUUCCCCUCCUGGAAGCUAUUGAUCCGGAUGUGGGUGUGAACUCUCUGCAGAGCUACCAGCUCAGCCCCAAUAAGCACUUCUCCCUAGUCGUUCAGAGCCGUGCUAAUGGCGUCAAGUAUCCGGAGCUAGUGCUGGAGCACGCCCUAGAUCGUGAGGAAGAGGCGAUUCACCACCUGGUCCUCGUGGCCUCUGACGGAGGUAACCCUCCCAGAUCAGGCACCGCCCUCAUCACAGUGACUGUCUUUGACACGAAUGACAAUGCUCCAGUCUUCACCUCCCCUGAAUACCGAGUGAAUAUUCCAGAGAACUUGCCCGUGGGCACUCAGCUGCUAAAGGUGACUGCCACCGACAAAGACGAAGGCGCCAACGGAGAAGUGAUGUACUCAUUCCGAAAAUUACUGGACACACAACUGUUGAAAUUCCAACUAGACAAAAACACUGGAGAAAUAAAAAUAUCUGAAAAUCUGGAUUAUGAAGAAAUGAGUUUCUACGAAAUAGAAAUCCAAGCUGAAGAUGGAGGGGCCUAUCUUGCGACUGCAAAGGUGUUGAUUACAGUAGAGGAUGUAAAUGACAACAGUCCAGAGGUGACCAUCACAUCACUGUUUAGUCCAGUGGCUGAGGAUUCGCCCGCGGGGACUGUCAUAGCCCUUUUAAACGUGCAUGAUUUAGACUCUGGGCAGAAUGGAGAAGUAACCUGUACCAUCUCAGGGAACCUACCAUUUAAAUUAGAAAAGUCCAUUGACAGUUACUAUAGACUAGUGACACAAAGAGCCCUUGAUAGGGAACAGGUAUCCUCUUACAGCAUCACAGCAACAGCCACGGACGGGGGAAACCCACCUUUGUCAAGCAACGUUCAUUUCACUCUGCAAGUGGCAGAUAUCAACGACAACCCACCCACCUUCUCUCACAUCUCCUACUUUACCUACAUCCCAGAAAACAACCCUAGGGGUGCCUCCGUCUUCUCCCUGACCGCCUUGGAUCCCGACAGCAAAGAAAAUGCCCAGAUUGUUUACUCUCUGGCUGAAGACACCAUUGAGGGGGCUCCACUUUCUUCCUACAUCUCCAUCAACUCCGACACUGGCGUCCUGUAUGCUCUCUGCUCCUUUGACUAUGAGCAGUUCCGAGAACUGCGGGUGCAGGUGACAGCCAGUGAUAGCGGGAAGCCUCCCCUCAGCAGUAACGCAUCAUUGACCCUGUUCGUGCUGGAUCAGAAUGACAACUCUCCAGAAAUCUUGUACCCCACUCCACCCACUGAUGGCUCCACUGGGGUGGAACUGGCUCCCCGCUCAGCGGAGCCGGGCUAUUUGGUGACAAAGGUGGUGGCAGUGGACAGAGACUCAGGACAGAACGCCUGGCUGUCCUACCGUCUGCUCAAGGCCAGCGAGCCAGGACUCUUCUCGGUGGGGCUGCACACGGGCGAGGUGCGCACAGCGCGGGCCUUGCUGGAGAGAGAGGCACUCAGGCAAAGUCUGGUGGUGGCUGUGCAGGACCACGGCCAGCCUCCUCUCUCCGCCACGGUCACUUUGACCGUGGCAGUAGCUGACAGCAUCCCUGAUGUUCUGGCAGACUUGGGCAACCUGGAGACAUCGCAGGACUCUGAAACCUCAAGCCUCACCCUUUACCUAGUAGUGGCAGUGGCAGCGGUCUCCUGUGUUUUUCUGGCCUUUGUCAUUGUGUUGUUGGCACUCAAACUUCGGCGCUGGCACAAAUCUCAUGCGCUUCAGUCUUCCAGAGAUGGAUUGGGUGGUGUGCCUGCGUCUCACUAUGUGGGUGUGGACGGGGUGCGUGCUUUCCUGCAGACCUAUUCGCACGAGGUUUCUCUCACUGCUGAUUCGCGAAAGAGUCACCUGAUCUUCCCACAGCCCAACUACGCAGACACGCUCAUUAGCCAGGAGAGCUGCGAGAAAAAAGAUCCUUUGUCUCUGUUAGAUGAUUCGAAGUGCCCUGUAGAAGAUGCCCCUCUGGUGCCAGUGAGUGUUGAUUUUACCUUUUCUUUAAACAAUUAUGGUCAGAUUUACAUUUAG